AUGUUGAGGACUCGAAAUUGUUUAUCUUUACGUCAUCUUGUAAAGAAGCAGAAUAUAGUAAGACAAUUAUCUAAUAGGUCUUUGCUAGUGCCAUUAAAACCUACGCAUAGACUACAGACAAUUCGUAAAUUCGCCAGUACAACCAGAAUAAGAAAUGAAGCUGAGCCACAAUUAAACCAUAAUGCUGAAACACCUUUCGAUCAAUUAUCAGAAGAAGAACAAGCCACUUUGAAGGAAGAAAGAGCAACAGAUUCAGUCGAUGUAUGUAUUGUCGGAGGUGGACCAGCUGGAUUAGUCACGGCCAUCAAAUUGAAAUUACUUGACAACGAACAUGGAUCAGGCGAGCUAAGGGUCAUAGUUUUGGAAAAGGCAGGUGACUUUGGCUCACAUAUUGUUAGUGGUGCAGUUAUUGAGCCAAGAGCAUUGAAAGAGUUAUUCCCAGAUAGUGAAUUUUUGAAAGAAGAUGGAUCAGGAAUUCCCUUACCAGACGAUUUGGUUACUAUAGUAGAAAGUGAUUCGAUGAAAUUCUUAACGGAGGAGAAUGCAUACCCAGUACCUGAACCACCACAAUUAAUAAACCAUGGCAAAAAUUAUAUUGUUUCAUUGAAUAAUGUUGUGAAAUAUUUAGCUGAAAAAGCUGAGGAGUUGGGUGUUGAAUUAUAUCCUGGGAUUUCUGUGAGUGAAGUUGUCUACAAUGAAAAGGGUGAUGCUAUUAAAGGUGUAGCUACAAAAGAUAUGGGAAUUUCAAAAACUGGAGCUCCGAAGGAUUCUUUUGAAAGAGGUAUGGAAUUUCACGCUAGAAUGACUGUACUUGGUGAAGGUUGUCAUGGAUCAUUAACCAAAGAAGUUAUUUCCAAAUUCAACCUAAGAGAACAAAGUGAACCUCAAACCUAUGGUUUAGGUAUUAAGGAAGUUUGGGAAGUCAAUCCUGAAAAUUUUGAAAAGGGUACAGUAGCACAUACCAUGGGUUAUCCGCUAUCAUCGGAUGUUUAUGGAGGUGGUUUUAUGUACCAUUUUGGUGAUGGAUUAGUUACUGUGGGUUUAGUAGUUGGAUUGGAUUAUGCCAACCCUUAUAUAUCACCAUAUCAAGAAUUUCAAAAAAUGAAAUUACACCCAUUUUAUUCGAAUGUUUUGGAAGGUGGAAAAUGUCUUUCAUAUGCGGCUAGAGCCCUUAAUGAAGGUGGGUUUCAGUCUGUUCCGCAGUUAUAUUUUCCAGGCGGAAUCUUAGUGGGUUGUUCAGCUGGUUUUGUUAAUGUGCCGAAAAUCAAAGGUACGCAUACAGCCAUGAAGUCGGGUAUCCUAGCAGCAGAAACUAUUUUCAAGGAAAUUGAAAAUUUAGAUCCAGUUGAAGAAGGAACAUUAGAUGACGCUAGACCAAUAACGUUGAAAGCAUACGAAGAAGCUUACGAAAACUCAUGGAUUCAUGAGGAAUUACAUGAAGUCCGUAAUGUUCGUCCUUCGUUUAAUGGGCCAUUAGGAUUAUUAGGAGGCUUAAUACACUCUGGUAUCUCGACCAUGUUUACUAGGGGAUGUGAACCGUGGACUUUGAGUCAUCAUUCUACUGAUGCUGCAGCUACAAAGGAUGCUUCAAACUUUGAACCGAUUGAAUAUCCUAAGCCAGAUGGAAAAUUAACAUUUGAUCUCUUGACAUCUGUCUCAAGGACGGGCACAUACCAUGACGAUGAUGAACAAUGCCACUUAAGAAUUCCAAAUCAGGAUUAUCGUAAACAUGCAAGUAUAUCUUAUCCAAAAUUCAAGGGUGUGGAGCAAAGAUUUUGUCCUGCAGGGGUAUAUGAGUACACGGAAGAUGAAAACGAACCAUUAGGAGUUAAAUUCCAGAUAAACAGUCAAAAUUGUAUUCAUUGCAAAACAUGCGAUAUCAAAGUUCCAACCCAAGACAUUAAUUGGACUGUUCCUGAAGGUGGUGGAGGUCCAAAAUAUUAUAUGACAUAA